GCCUCCAUUUGCUCGCGCGUUUCCCACAACUCCGCUACUUCGGCGCUGAUCCGACGAUCAAGGACGAGGUGAGGGAGGCAUACUCGCCCUAUGCCGCGCGUGCGGAGCUGCACGCCACAACGAGUGAAGAGAUGCAUCAAGCGCUGGCAGAUGCGGAGCCCAUGGACAUCGUUUUCGUGGAUGGUCCCCAUACCUAUGCGAAUGUGAGAAACGACCUUCAUCUCUGGGAGUCGCGCGUGAAGAAAGGCGGCAUCAUCGCUGGGCACGACUUCACUGUGAG